AUGAGGAUCAUUCAGAUCAACCUAAACCACUGCGAAGUAGCCCAUAGCCUACUCGAGCAGGUUUUAAGAGAGAAGCGGGCAGAUAUAGCCCUAAUAAGUGAGCCGUACAAAAAAGUCGAGACGCAAAGCUACAUCCUGGACUCCUCCAAGACAGCGGCUAUUUUGGCGCCAGGCAGACAACCCGAAAGUGUACAACCCAGAGUAGGUUUCGUCCAGGCCAAAGUGGGCGCGUUCUGGCUUUACAGCUGCUACCUCCCCCCGCGCCAAACACUGCAGCAGUUCACCCACACACUAGACGAGAUAGCCCAGGACGCAAGGCACAGAUCACAGGUGGUGAUCGCUGGCGAUUUUAACGCCUGGGCGGAGGACUGGGGCUCAUCGCGCACCAACGCUAGGGGUCGAACCCUCCAAGAGACCUUUGCGACUCUUGACGUAGCCCUGCUGAACACCGGCUCCCAAAACACGUUCAGCAAGGCGGGGUAUGGAUCAAUCGUGGACCUUACCUUCUGCAGCAGUGGUUUGUUUCGGAGGACUAAGUGGUCCCUCAGUGAUGAUUACACUGCGAGUGACCACAAAUACAUAGUCUGCGAUAUAGAGGAUAGAGAGCAAGCUUCCACAGCAGCGAAGCCACCAAGAUUCAACCCGGCUACAUUGGAACCGCUAAAAUUCGCGCAGGAACUAAGGACUCCAGAUCCUUCAGGCGACGUCGAAUGCGAAGUUCACAACUCCAUGGCUGCGGUCCUACAGGCCUGCCGAGCCAGCAUGAGGUGUAGCCGUGGGCAUUCAAGGCACCAUGAACCGGUGCCCUGGUGGUCCCCGGAGAUAGCCCAUGCGCGCAGAGAGUGCCUCCGAACCAGAAGGUUGCACCAAAGAGCCAGAGGAAGGCCGGACUUCGAACAAAAAAGGGAGGACUUCGCGGCAAAGAGGAAGAUUCUGAAGAAGCUGAUAAGGGAGGCAAAGACCAAGUGCUUUCUCGAGAUGUGCGACGCUGCAGAGCAAGAUCCGUGGGGAUCGGCCUACCGGGCAGUUGUCAAGAAAGCGAAGCAGGCAAAGCCGAUCGCUCCAAAAGAUGCCGAAACAAUGAAAGCCAUUGUGGAGCACCUCUUCCCGAAGCAGCCGAGUGGAGUGGAGUCUCCUGGGCCAAGUGGAGCAAGAGAACCUGCCGGCUUUACGCCGGCUUAG